AAACUUGUCUAGAUGUGUUGAUCUAAAGGGGCUGAAAAUGCAUGGAAUGAAAAGUCAUGACUGCCAUGUUUUUAUGCAACGACUCCUGCCAAUCGCUCUUCGGGAGCUACUUCCGAAAAAUGUGUGGGAGCCUCUAACAGAGUUAAGUAUCUUCUUCAGGGAGUUAACUUCCACGUCACUGUCACAGGAAGAUCUAAACCGUAUGGAAACUGAGAUCCCAAAAAUCCUGUGUAAGUUGGAACGCAUAUUUCCACCCAGCUUUUUUGACUCUAUGGAGCAUCUUCCCGUGCAUCUUCCGUAUGAAGCUAUGAUGGCAGGACCGGUUCAGUAUCGCUGGAUGUAUCCAUUUGAAAGAUAUUUGAGGAAAUUGAAAAAAAAGGUCACUAAUAAAGGCAGGGUCGAAGGGAGCAUUAGUAGUGGAUAUCUGCAAGAAGAAAUCGCUAAAUUUGCAUCCUAUUAUUUUGCUGAAGGCGAUCCGAUGUUACCCGUGCGUUUGGGAAGAAAUGAAACUUGUGAUAUGGAUAUCGAUGAAGAUGCCGACAGACUGGGAAUUUUUAAACCUAAGGGAAAGCCGUUGCGUGGUAGCGGCAGGAGAUAUCUUGAAGACGAUGAGAUCAUCGCUGCUCGGACCUAUGUUCUUCUGAAUUGUUCCGAAAUCGAAGAUUAUCGAAGGGUUUUUGUGGCCGGAUUGCGCGAAAGGAACAGUGACAUAAGUGAAACAGAAAUUGAAAGAGUGCUUGAAAGUGAUUUCGCCUCUUGGUUCGAACAAUAUGUACGUAUCUUAUAACAAUGGACUUCCAUUUUAAUAAUAAGGUUUAUAAAUCUUACAAAUUUCUAACUCCCCACAGGUGAAAGAUCCAACUGUCUGUACUAAUCCGUUUAUUCUGAGUCUCGCAAAGGGACCGUGUAGAAAGGUCACCACAUAUAAGGGA